AUGCGUGCUGUGCUGAGCGGGCUCUGGAAAGGUGGGGCCAUGGCCAGCGCUAGGGUCCCUCUUGACGUAACUCUGAGAGAAGCCACCCAACGAAAAUUGCGGAGAUUUUCAAACCUGAGAGGCAAACCUGUGGCAGCUGGAGAAUUCUGGGACGUAGUUGCAAUAACAGCAGCUGAUGAAAAGCAGGAACUUGCUUAUAGGCAACAGCUGUCAAAAAAGCUGAAAAGAAAGGAAUUACCCCUUGGAGUUCAAUAUCAUGUUUUUGUUGAUCCUGCUGGAGCCAAAAUUGGAAAUGGAGGAUCGACGCUUUGUGCUCUUCGAUGUUUGGAAAAGCUAUAUGGAGAUAAAUGGAAUUCUUUUACUAUCCUGUUAAUUCACUCUGGUGGCUACAGUCAACGCCUUCCAAGUGCAAGUGCUCUGGGGAAAAUUUUUACUGCCUUACCACUUGGUAAUCCCAUUUACCAGAUGUUGGAAUUAAAACUAGCCAUGUACAUUGACUUUCCCCCAUAUAUGAAUCCUGGAAUUCUUGUUACCUGUGCAGAUGAUAUUGAACUUUAUAGUAUUGGAGAAUUUGAGUAUAUUAAGUUUGAUAAACCUGGCUUUACUGCUUUAGCUCAUCCUUCUAGUGUGAAGGUAGGUACAACACAUGGAGUAUUCGUCUUAGAUCCUUUAAAUUCUUUAAAACAUAGGGACCUUGAAUACAGAUGUUGCCAUCGUUUUCUUCAUAAGCCCAGCAUAGAAGAGAUGCAUCAAUUUAAUGCUGUGUGUAGACCUGGGAAUUUUUGUCAACAGGAGUUUGCUAGGGGUGACACUGCCUAUCUCCAAUUAGACAGUGAGUAUGUCUAUACAGAUAGUGUAUUUUAUAUGGAUCAUAAAUCAGCAAAAAAGUUACUUGCUUUUUAUGAAGAAAUAGGUACACUGAACUGUGAAAUAGAUGCCUAUGGUGACUUUCUGCAGGCUUUAGGACCUGGAGCAACUAUAGAAUACACCAAAAACACAUCAAAUGUCACUAAAGAAGAAUCAGAAUUGGUACAUAUGAGGCAGAGAAUAUUUCAUCUUCUUAAAGGAACAUCACUAAAUGUUGUUGUUCUUAAUAACUCUAAAUUUUAUCACAUUGGAACGACUGAAGAAUAUUUGUUUCAUUUUACUUCAGAGAGCAGUUUAAAGUCAGAGCUUGGCUUCCAGUCCAUAGCUUUUAGCAUCCUUCCAGAUAUUCCAGAAUGCUCAUGUAAAGCAUCCUGUAUCAUUCAAAGUAUAUUGGAUUUAAGAUGUUCUGUGGCACCUGGCUCAAUUGUAGAGUAUUCCAGAUUGGGGCCUGAUGUAUUUGUUGGGGAAAACUGUUUUAUUAGCAAUUCUUAUAUCAUAACAAAAGCUGUGGUGCCUGCAUACUCUUUUGUGUGUUCCUUAAGCUUGAAGGUAAAUGGACACCUAGCAUAUUCAACCAUGGCAUUCGGAGUGCAAGACAACUUGAAAAAUAAUGUUAAAACAUUGUUAGAUGUAAAGUUACUUCAGUUCUUUGGAGUCUCUUUUCUAUCAUGCUUAGAUAUUUGGAAUCUUAAAAUUACAGAAGAAUUGUUCUCGGGAAAUAAGACACAUCUGAGUUUGUGGACUGCUCGAAUUUUCCCAGUUUGUUGUUCUUUGAGUGAAUCAGUCAUAACAUCGCUAAAAAUGUUAGAUGCUAUAAAGAACAAUUCACCAUUCAGCCUGAAUAGCUAUAAGUUGUUUUCAAUUGAAGAAAUGCUUGCCUACAAAGAUGUAGAAGAUAUGAUAGCAUAUAGGGAACAAAUUUUUCUAGAAAUAAGUAUAAAUAAAAAGCAGUCUGAUUUAGAGAUACCAUAAAUAUUGUAUACUUUGCCCUUCUAUGAACAUGAUUAAAAAUACAGGCAUUGUCUGUAGAUAUUUUGGGGAGGAUUUAGUAAAGCAAAUUAGUGAAAAUUGUAUUAUUUGCUAUAG